ACAGUUUAGCUUGAUAACUUGUCAUGUAUUAGAUGUAUGAUGUAUCAUGUAUCAUGUACGAAACCAGCCAUAAUGUUUAACCCUUCAUGGAAAUUGGUCUAGUUUUGCAUCAAGGCUCAUUGCCUUUGGGAACAAAAGAAAGAGGACUGGCACUAGCUUGCUGUAUGGAAAAGAGGCCACUAAUUUUCAAGCUGUAAAUUUUGAUUGCUUUGUUUUGUUUUCGUUGCAAUCAAUUGCCUUGUGUUGCUCUUAAAACUCUUUAUCUCCGGUAAGUGGACGCUGUGGACCCAAACUAACCAACCCUUUCAAGCAAGGGAUAAAGUAGUAGUGCAACACGUUGGUGCUUUUGUAUGGUGUAAGAGACCAUAGGAGUACAGGACAUAAAUCAGUUCUACACACUAGAUCAGAGAGAAAGAGAAAAUAAACGAGCAAAAACUCUAAACCAAUCUGAAUCUGAUGGCGACUCCGGUGAAAGUGUACGGGCCACCGAUAUCCACCUGCGUGUCGAGGGUGUUGGCCUGUCUCCUUGAGAAAGAAGUGCCCUAUCAGCUCAUUCCGGUCAACAUGGCCAAAGGCGAGCACAAGAAGCCUGCAUACCUCAAGAUCCAGCCAUUUGGACAAGUCCCGGGUUUUGAAGACGAUGGCUUCACCGUGUUCGAAUCAAGGUCGAUAUGCCGGUACAUAUGUGAUAAGUAUGCAAAGCAGGGAAACAAGGGCUUGUAUGGGGACAACCCAUUGGCAAAGGCCUCCAUAGAUCAGUGGCUAGAAGCCGAAGGACAAAGCUUCAGCCCUCCAAGCUCGGUUCUGGUGUUCCAGCUUGCAUUCGCGCCAAGAAUGAAGCUGAAGCAGGAUCAAGUGGCGAUCAGGCAGAACGAAGAGAAGCUGAAGAAGGUGCUGGACGUGUACGAAGAGAGGCUAAGUGAGAGCCGGUUCUUGGCGGGUGACGAGUUCACUCUAGCCGACCUUUCUCACUUGCCCAACACACACUACUUGGUCAAUGCAACAGAUAUAGGAGAGCUGUUUACAGAGAGAGAAUGUGUGGGCAGGUGGUGGGCUGAGAUAUCUAGCCGAGAGUCGUGGAAGAAGGUGGUUGAAAUGCAGAAGCCUUGAGAGUCCUCAACACUAUGCUCUUGGUUAAUCUGAGUUGCUCUUUCUUUUUCGAAUGUUUGUUAAGAGUGUCCAGUUGCAAUCCUUAAU